CCCGGGCUGGGUGACGGUAGAAAAGCUUCCUCUUCCUGGGAGGUUCCCUUUCUCUCUCUCUCUCCUCUCAGAGCCCCUCGCUGCACCGAAGACCACAAAUCUGCGCUAGAGUACAAUGUCUGGAGAGGAUGAAUUCUCGUUGGCAGACGCCUUGCCAGAUAAAGGUAAAACGCAGACUGUAAGCAACCCGAGAGACCCUCAGCAACCAGGAGCCUGGUCUGGAUCCAACCCCUGGGGUUCCACUCCCGGAGCUCCGUCUGCCCCAGGCUUUACACCUUAUGGACAAGGGCAAGGAGGAACCUAUUCUGGAGGCGGAGGCCAGCCUAGCGCACCACCACAGACCUACCCAUCUGGACCCCAGCCAAGUGCCCCAUCUGCACCCACUGGGCCUUAUCCAGGAGCAGCACCUGGGCAGCAGCCAUCUCAACCAAAUGUGCAAUAUCCCUCUGGGCCCUACCCAGGGGCCCCAGCUGGACAGCAACCAAAUUCACCUUAUCCUUCAGCACCCUAUCCAGGGGCUCCAGCUGGGCCAGACGCAAAAGCACCUUAUCCUGGAGCCCCUUCUGGCCCACAGCAACCAGGAGCCCCAUCUAGUCAUUAUCCAGGAGCCCCAUCUGGCCCCUAUCCAGGAGCCCCUUCUGGCCCACAGCAACCAGGAGCCCCAUCUAGUCAUUAUCCAGGAGCCCCAUCUGGGCACUAUCCAGGAGCCCCUUCUGGCCCACAGCAACCAGGAGCACCUGGGCAAUAUCCAGGAGCCCCUUCUGGCCCACAGCAACCAGGAGCACCUGGGCAAUAUCCAGGAGCCCCUUCUGGCCCACAGCAACCAGGAGCACCUGGGCAAUAUCCAGGAGCCCCUUCUGGCCCACAGCAACCAGGAGCACCUGGGCAAUAUCCGGGAGCCCCUUCUGGCCCACAGCAACCAGGAGCACCGGGGCAAUAUCCAGGAGCCCCUUCUGGCCCACAGCAACCAGGAGCUCCGGGGCAAUAUCCAGGAGCCCCUUCUGGCCCACAGCAACCAGGAGCACCGGGGCAAUAUCCUGGAGCCCCUUCUGGCCCACAGCAACCAGGAGCACCUGGGCAAUAUCCCUACCCUUCAGGGCCAAUGGGACCCGGUGGGAUGCCAGGUUCAUAUCCUUCUCCAUCUGACCCCUAUGGUCAGUCUGGUCAAACAGGUCCUUCACCUGGUGGGCCAGGGUGGGGUUGGGGAUCCCAGGGUGGGCAGUACCCCUCACAGCCUAACUUGCCAUACCCUGGUGCUCCUCCAUUUCCAGUCCCUGGCGCUGGUGCUCCAUCAUCUGUACCCUGGGGUACAGUGCCAUCUGGUCAGUGGGGGCCAUCUGCAUCAUUUCCUGGAGCUCCUGGAUCAUACCCAAAUCGAGGAUAUCCCUGAAGUGGCUGGACUACCGGGUCCUGUCCUGAGAGCCCUUGCGCCUAACUUGUGAGUGUACUUUCCUGUUCAUUUCUUUCUUGUAUAUC